AUGAAAAUGUAAUUUCCCCCAAUAACAAUAUAAAAUAGUUUUGAAAUUGAAUCGGAUCUCUCAUUUCAUCCAAAGAGCUCUGGUUUCGAACUCCAUAAAUCUCACCAAAUAAUUUGAUCCAAACGACGUCGUUUUAUCACCGAGCAGCUGAGAAAGCACAACAAUGGAUUCCGAAUCAUCGACUGCGAGUAGAUUAAAGCUGCAAAUAAAGUUCAGCGGCCGAUCAAUUCCGGUUGAAAUCGCCGGAGACACCACAAUCAAGGACCUCAAAUCCCUCCUUCAAACCCUUACCAAUGUCCUCCCUCGCGGCCAAAAGCUCAUCUUCAAAGGGAAGGUUCUUUCCGACGAAUCGACGUUGGCGUCGUCGGGUAUUAUUGAUGGCUCCAAAAUUAUGCUCAUGGCUUCACAGGGACUUCACCAAGGGGGUGGUCCGGUGAAAAAGGAGGCAGCUAUUGUGCCUGAUAGCACAAGGAGAAAGAAAGAAACGAUCAAAGAUUCUAUCGUAAAGAGCCAAGUAGAACGUUGGAAAGCAACUGGGGUCAUUGCAUUGUCCGACUGUGGUCUCACGACUAUACCUGAAGAAAUCUGGACUUCUGUACCUUCAGUCAGAGUACUUGAUAUAAGCCAAAAUUCCUACCUUGAGGUGCCAGCUACAAUUGGGCAGUUACGCUCCUUACAGAAAUUGCAUCUAAAUGGAAAUAAUUUAUUCAAUGAGUCUAUUGGCUGGGAGGGACUGACGUCUUUGAAGCUUCUUACGAUUCUAUCAUUGAGCCAAAAUAAUUUGACAGCAUUACCUUCUGCAAUUGGUGCUCUGAAAUCCCUGAAGCAACUCCAUAUCGAAAACAACAAGUUAAUGUGUCUCCCUUCUGAAAUAGGUUUUCUGACAGAGCUUCAGGUUUUAAAAGCCCAGAAUAACAGGAUAAAGACGAUUCCUACAAGUAUAGGGGAAUGUGUUUCUCUUAUUGAAGUUGAUCUUUCAUGUAAUCUACUGGCUGAGUUACCCGAGACGUGUGACCGUUUAAAAAAUUUGAAGGCAUUCUAUCUUGGUAAUAACGGGCUAAAAUCCCUACCCAGUAAGCUAUUUAAAAUGUGCUUACAGCUUUCGACACUGGAUCUUCAUAACACAGAAAUAACAACGGACCUUCUCCGUCAGUUUGAGGGAUGGGAGAGUUUUGACGAGCGUCGUCGAUUGAAGCAUCAGAAACAGCUCGAUUUCCGAGUCUCUGGUUCCGCUGAAUUUGAUGAAGGUGCUGACAAGAACUGGUAGUACAACCAAGUCUUUUAUGCUUAUUGAAAGGUUUGAUUGAAACUGGCUACUCACUCCUUGAAUUUAUAUAUACUCCCAAGUAUUUUAUAUGCAACUGGAGAAUGACAAAUUAGAUAUCUAAAUAGAUAUAUCAUAUAUAUGUAUUUCAAUUAUUAUUAAAGUUGACUGACCUUGUGUAGUUAUUAAUUUGUCAUUUUUGGAUUGAGAUUAUGUUACUUAUUUUCUUUCUAUGGUCA